CUGACCAGGGCGCUCCCCAUUCCAGUCAGGAGCCAGCGGAUUGGCUGGGCGCAGACACACGUGACCGACAUGUGGCUGUAUUGGCGCAGCCUGCCGGGGUGUCACUGGAGACAGAAUGGAGGUGCUGCCAGGCUCGAAAAUGGGGUCCAAGGGUAGCCAAGGAUGGCUGCAGCUUCAUAUGAUCAGUUGUUAAAGCAGGUGGAAGCCCUGAAGAUGGAGAACUCAAACCUUCGACAAGAGCUAGAAGAUAAUUCCAAUCAUCUUACAAAACUGGAAACUGAGGCAUCUAAUAUGAAGGAAGUACUUAAACAGCUACAGGGAAGUAUUGAAGAUGAAACUAUGACUUCUUCUGGACAGAUUGACUUACUAGAGCGUCUUAAAGAAUUUAACUUAGAUAGCAAUUUCCCUGGAGUGAAACUGCGCUCAAAAAUGUCCCUUCGCUCCUAUGGGAGUCGGGAAGGGUCAGUGUCCAGCCGUUCCGGAGAGUGCAGUCCUGUUCCCAUGGGGUCCUUCCCAAGAAGAGCGUUUGUAAAUGGAAGCAGAGAAAGUACUGGAUAUUUGGAAGAGCUUGAAAAAGAAAGAUCAUUACUCCUUGCUGAUCUUGACAAAGAAGAAAAGGAAAAAGACUGGUAUUAUGCUCAACUUCAGAACCUCACGAAAAGAAUAGAUAGUCUGCCUUUAACUGAAAAUUUUUCCCUACAAACAGAUAUGACAAGAAGGCAAUUGGAAUAUGAAGCAAGGCAGAUAAGGGCUGCAAUGGAGGAGCAGCUUGGCACCUGCCAGGACAUGGAAAAGCGAGCACAGCGAAGAAUAGCCAGAAUUCAGCAAAUAGAAAAGGACAUACUUCGUGUACGACAGCUUUUACAGUCCCAAGCAGCUGAAGCAGAGAAGUCUUCUCAGAGCAAGCAUGAAGCUGCCUCCCAUGAAGCUGAACGGCAGCAUGACGGUCAAGGGAUGCCAGAAAACAACAUGGCAACUUCUAGUAGUAGCCAGAGUCCAGCUACACGAGUGGAUCAUGAAACAGCCAGUGUUGUGAGUUCUAGCAGCACACACUCUGCUCCUCGAAGGCUGACGAGUCAUCUGGGGACCAAGGUGGAAAUGGUGUAUUCAUUGUUGUCAAUGCUUGGUACCCAUGAUAAGGAUGAUAUGUCACGAACUUUGCUAGCUAUGUCUAGCUCCCAAGACAGCUGUAUAUCCAUGCGGCAGUCUGGAUGUCUUCCUCUCCUCAUCCAGCUUUUACAUGGCAAUGACAAAGACUCUGUAUUGUUGGGAAAUUCCCGGGGCAGUAAAGAGGCUCGGGCCAGGGCCAGUGCAGCCCUCCACAACAUCAUUCACUCACAGCCUGACGACAAGAGAGGCAGGCGUGAAAUCCGAGUCCUUCAUCUUUUGGAACAGAUACGAGCUUACUGUGAAACCUGUUGGGAGUGGCAGGAAGCCCAUGAACAAGGCAUGGACCAGGACAAAAAUCCAAUGCCAGCUCCUGUUGAACAUCAAAUCUGUCCUGCUGUGUGUGUUCUCAUGAAGCUUUCAUUUGAUGAAGAGCAUAGACAUGCAAUGAAUGAACUUGGUAGGAAGGCUACCCGGGGCAUUUCACCACAGGAGCUAGGUCAGGGGCUCUCAGGGGGACUGCAGGCCAUUGCAGAGCUGUUGCAGGUGGACUGUGAGAUGUACGGGCUUACUAAUGACCACUACAGUAUUACUUUAAGACGGUAUGCUGGAAUGGCUUUGACAAACUUGACGUUUGGAGAUGUUGCCAACAAGGCUACACUGUGUUCUAUGAAAGGCUGUAUGAGAGCACUCGUGGCCCAGUUAAAAUCUGAAAGCGAAGACUUACAGCAGGUUAUUGCAAGUGUUUUGAGGAAUUUGUCUUGGCGAGCAGAUGUAAAUAGCAAAAAGACAUUGCGAGAAGUUGGAAGUGUGAAAGCAUUGAUGGAAUGUGCUUUGGAAGUUAAAAAGGAAUCAACCCUCAAAAGUGUCUUGAGUGCCUUAUGGAACCUGUCCGCACACUGCACCGAGAAUAAAGCUGACAUAUGUGCUGUGGAUGGAGCACUUGCAUUUUUGGUUGGCACUCUCACUUACCGAAGCCAGACAAAUACAUUAGCCAUCAUUGAAAGUGGAGGUGGGAUAUUACGAAAUGUGUCCAGCUUGAUAGCUACAAAUGAAGACCACAGGCAAAUCCUAAGAGAGAACAACUGCCUACAGACUUUAUUACAGCACUUGAAAUCUCACAGCUUGACAAUAGUCAGUAAUGCUUGUGGAACUCUGUGGAAUCUCUCAGCAAGAAAUCCUAAAGACCAGGAAGCUUUAUGGGACAUGGGGGCAGUGAGCAUGCUCAAGAACCUCAUUCAUUCAAAGCACAAAAUGAUUGCUAUGGGAAGUGCUGCAGCUUUAAGGAACCUCAUGGCAAACAGACCUGCAAAGUAUAAGGAUGCCAAUAUUAUGUCUCCUGGGUCAAGUUUGCCUUCUCUUCAUGUUAGGAAGCAAAAGGCCCUAGAAGCAGAGUUAGAUGCUCAGCAUUUAUCAGAAACCUUUGACAAUAUUGACAACUUAAGUCCCAAGGCAUCUCAUCGUAGCAAGCAGAGACACAAGCCAAAUCUUUAUGGUGACUAUGUUUUUGACACCAAUCGACAUGAUGAUAAUAGAGCAGACAAUUUUAAUGCUGGGAACAUGACUGUUCUUUCACCAUAUUUAAAUACUACAGUAUUGCCCAGCUCUUCUUCAUCGAGGGGAAGUUUAGACAGUUCUCGUUCUGAAAAAGACAGAAGUUUAGAGAGAGAACGAGGUAUUGGCCUCAGCACUUACCAUUCAACAACAGAAAAUCCAGGAACCUCUUCAAAACGAGGUCUGCAGAUCUCCAGCACUGCAGCCCAGAUUGCCAAAGUUAUGGAAGAAGUAUCAGCCAUUCACACCUCCCAGGAAGACAGAAGUUCCGGCUCUGCCACUGAAUUCCAUUGUGUGACGGAUGAGAGGAAUGCAGCACGGAGAAGCUCCGCUUCCCAUACACAUUCAAACACAUACAACUUCACUAAAUCGGAAAAUUCAAAUAGAACAUGCUCUAUGCCUUAUGCCAAAGUGGAGUAUAAGAGAUCUUCCAAUGACAGUUUAAACAGUGUCAACAGUAGUGAUGGCUAUGGUAAAAGAGGUCAGAUGAAGCCCUCCGUCGAGUCCUAUUCUGAAGAUGAUGAAAGUAAGUUUUGCAGUUAUGGUCAGUAUCCAGCUGACCUAGCCCACAAGAUACAUAGUGCAAAUCAUAUGGAUGAUAAUGAUGGAGAGCUGGAUACACCAAUAAAUUACAGUCUUAAAUAUUCAGAUGAACAGUUGAACUCUGGAAGACAGAGUCCCUCACAGAAUGAAAGAUGGGCAAGACCAAAGCAUGUCAUAGAAGAUGAAAUAAAGCAAAACGAGCAAAGACAACCCAGAAGCCAAAACACCAAUUAUCCUGUCUAUUCUGAGAACACGGAUGAUAAACACCUUAAGUUCCAACCACAUUUUGGACAACAGGAAUGUGUUUCCCCAUAUAGGUCUAGGGGAACCAGUGGUUCAGAAACAAAUCGAAUGGGCUCUAGUCAUGCAGUUAAUCAAAAUGUAAACCAAUCUUUGUGUCAGGAAGAUGACUACGAAGAUGAUAAGCCCACCAACUACAGUGAGCGUUAUUCAGAGGAAGAACAGCAUGAAGAAGAGGAGAGACCCACAAACUAUAGUAUAAAAUAUAACGAAGAAAAACAUCAUGUGGAUCAGCCUAUUGAUUAUAGUUUAAAAUAUGCCACUGACAUUUCUUCCUCCCAGAAACCAUCAUUUUCUUUCUCAAAGAACUCAUCAGCACAAAGCACUAAAACUGAGCAUAUCUCUCCAAGCAGCGAGAGUACAUCCACACCUUCAUCUAAUGCCAAAAGGCAGAGUCAGCUGCAUCCAAGUUCAGCACAGAGAAAUGGUCAGGCUCAAAAAGGGACCACUUGUAAAGUCCCCUCCAUCAACCAAGAAACAAUGCAGACUUACUGCGUAGAAGACACCCCCAUAUGUUUCUCAAGGUGCAGUUCAUUAUCAUCUCUGUCGUCAGCUGAAGAUGAAAUAGGAUGUGAUCCGACAACACAGGAGGCAGAUUCUACUAACACUCUGCAGAUAGCAGAAAUAAAGGAGGACGAUGGAACUCGAUCAACUGAAGAUCCGGCAAGCGAAGUUCCAGCAGUGUCCCAGAACGCUAGAGCCAAACCCAGUCGACUCCAGGCUUCUGGCUUAUCUUCAGAAUCAACCAGGCAUAAAGCUGUUGAAUUUUCUUCAGGGGCCAAGUCUCCCUCCAAAAGUGGUGCUCAGACGCCCAAAAGUCCCCCCGAACACUAUGUCCAGGAGACCCCACUUGUGUUCAGCCGAUGCACUUCUGUCAGCUCACUUGACAGUUUUGAGAGUCGCUCCAUUGCUAGCUCUGUUCAGAGUGAGCCUUGCAGUGGAAUGGUGAGUGGCGUUAUCAGCCCCAGUGACCUUCCAGAUAGCCCUGGGCAGACCAUGCCACCAAGCAGAAGCAAAACCCCUCCUCCUCCUCCCCAGACAGUCCAGACCAAGAGAGAGGUGCCAAAAGCUAAAGCAUCUGCUGCAGAGGAGAGAGAGAGCGGCCCUAAGCAGACUGCUGUGAGUGCUGCGGUCCAGAGGGUCCGGAUCCUUCCAGAUGCUGAUACUCUAUUGCAUUUUGCCACAGAAAGUACUCCAGAUGGGUUUUCCUGUUCGUCCAGCCUGAGCGCGCUGAGCCUCGAUGAGCCAUUUAUACAGAAGGACGUGGAAUUAAGAAUAAUGCCCCCAGUUCAGGAAAACGACAACGGGAAUGAAACCGAGCCAGAGCAGCCUGAAGAGUCCAGUGAAAAUCAGGAGAAAGAGGUAGAAAAUCCUGAUUCUGAAAAAGACCUAUUAGAUGAUUCAGAUGACGAUGAUAUUGAAAUAUUAGAAGAGUGCAUUAUCUCAGCCAUGCCAACAAAGUCAUCACGCAAAGCCAAAAAGCUAGCCCAGACUGCUUCAAAAUUACCUCCACCUGUGGCAAGAAAGCCAAGUCAGCUGCCUGUGUACAAACUUCUGCCAUCACAAAACAGGCUGCAGACACAAAAGCAUGUUAGCUUCACACCAGGAGAUGAUAUGCCCCGCGUGUACUGUGUAGAAGGGACACCUAUAAACUUUUCCACAGCGACAUCUCUAAGUGAUCUGACAAUAGAAUCCCCUCCAAAUGAGUUGGCUGCUGGUGACGGGAUUCGAGCAGGUACACAGUCAGGUGAAUUUGAAAAACGAGAUACCAUUCCUACAGAGGGCAGAUGUACAGAUGAAGCUCAGAGGGGGAACAUCUCAUCUGUAGUUAUGCCAGACUUGGAUGACACUAAAGCAGAGGAAGGAGAUAUUCUUGCGGAAUGUAUCAAUUCUGCUAUGCCCAAAGGAAAAAGCCACAAGCCUUUCCGAGUGAAAAAGAUAAUGGACCAGGUCCAACAAGCAUCAGUGACUUCAUCUGGAACUAACAAAAAUCAAUUAGACACUAAGAAAAAGAAGCCGACUUCACCAGUAAAGCCCAUGCCACAAAAUACAGAAUAUAGAACACGAAUGAGGAAGAAUACAGACUCAAAAGCUAACGUAAAUGCCGAAGAAACUUUCUCAGACAGCAAAGACUCAAAGAAACAGAGCUUGAAAAACACCCCCAAGGACUUCGGUGAGAAGCUGCCGAACAACGAAGACAGAGUCCGCGGAAGCUUCGCCUUCGAUUCGCCGCAUCCUUACACCCCUAUUGAAGGAACUCCUUACUGCUUUUCACGAAAUGAUUCUUUGAGCUCUCUAGAUUUUGAUGAUGACGAUGUUGACCUGUCCAGGGAAAAGGCUGAGUUAAGAAGGGGAAAAGAAAGUAAGGAUUCAGAAGCCAAAGGUAUCUGCCACACAGAUCCAACCUCAAGUCAACAGUCAGCUAGUAAGUCACAAGCUAAUACAAAACAUCCAAUAAAUAGGGGACAGUCCAAACCAGGGCUUCAGAAACAACCCACUUUCCCCCAGUCCUCCAAAGACUUGCCAGAUAGGGGGGCAGCCACGGAUGAAAAAUUGCAGAAUUUUGCUAUUGAAAAUACUCCAGUUUGCUUUUCUCGAAAUUCCUCUCUGAGUUCCCUUAGUGACAUUGACCAAGAAAACAACAAUAACAAAGAAAAUGAACCAAUCAAGGAAGCUGAACCUGCUAACACACAGGGGGAACCAAGUAAGCCUCAGGCAUCUGGGUACGCGCCCCGGUCAUUUCAUGUCGAGGACACCCCUGUCUGCUUCUCACGAAACAGCUCCCUCAGUUCUCUGAGCAUCGACUCUGAAGAUGACCUGCUGCAGGAGUGCAUCAGCUCCGCAAUGCCGAAAAAGAAAAGACCUUCAAGACUCAAGGGUGAUAGUGGAAAGCAGAGUCCCAGAAACAUGGGAGGCAUAUUAGCUGAAGAUCUGACACUUGACUUGAAAGAUAUACAGAGGCCAGAUUCAGAACAUGGCUUAUCUCCUGAUUCAGAAAACUUUGACUGGAAAGCUAUUCAAGAAGGUGCGAACUCCAUAGUGAGCAGUUUGCACCAGGCUGCCGCUGCCGCUGCGUGUUUAUCUCGACAGGCUUCGUCCGAUUCCGACUCCAUCCUCUCACUCAAGUCAGGCAUUUCCCUGGGCUCACCCUUCCAUCUCACACCUGAUCAAGAGGAAAAACCCUUCACAAGUAAUAAAGGCCCAAGAAUUCUCAAACCGGGGGAGAAAAGCACAUUAGAAGCAAAAAAGAUAGAAUCUGAAAAUAAAGGAAUCAAAGGUGGGAAAAAGGUUUAUAAAAGUUUAAUUACUGGAAAGAUUCGAUCUAAUUCAGAAAUUUCCAGCCAAAUGAAACAGCCUCUCCCGACAAACAUGCCCUCAAUCUCAAGAGGCAGGACCAUGAUUCACAUCCCCGGGGUUCGAAAUAGUUCCUCCAGUACAAGUCCUGUUUCUAAAAAGGGCCCACCCCUCAAGACUCCAGCCACCAAAAGCCCUAGUGAGAGUCCGGCAGCCACCACUUCUCCUAGAGGAACCAAGCCAUCAGUAAAAUCAGAGCUGAGCCCUAUUACCAGGCAAACUUCCCAAAUUAGUGGAUCAAAUAAGGGACCUUCGAGAUCAGGAUCUAGAGACUCUACUCCCUCAAGGCCUACACAGCAACCAUUAAGUAGGCCACUGCAGUCUCCAGGGCGAAACUCGAUCUCCCCUGGUAGAAAUGGAAUAAGCCCUCCUAACAAACUGUCUCAGCUGCCCAGAACAUCGUCUCCGAGCACUGCUUCAACCAAGUCCUCAGGCUCUGGGAAAAUGUCCUAUACAUCCCCCGGCAGACAGAUGAGCCAACAAAACCUUACCAAACAAGCAGGCUUACCCAAGAAUGCCAGUAGUAUUCCGAGAAGUGAGUCCGCGUCUAAAGGGCUGAACCAGAUGAGCAAUGGCAAUGGAUCCAAUAAGAAGGUAGAACUUUCUAGAAUGUCUUCAACUAAGUCAAGUGGAAGUGAGUCAGAUAGAUCAGAAAGGCCUGCGCUAGUACGCCAGUCUACUUUCAUCAAAGAAGCCCCAAGCCCGACCCUAAGGAGGAAACUGGAGGAAUCUGCCUCGUUUGAAUCCCUUUCUCCAUCUUCUAGACCAGAUUCUCCCACCAGGUCCCAGGCACAGACCCCAGUUUUGAGUCCUUCCCUUCCUGAUAUGUCUCUGAGCACACAUCCGUCUGUUCAGCCUGGUGGAUGGCGAAAGCUCCCACCUAAUCUCAGCCCCACUAUUGAGUAUAAUGAUGGAAGACCAGGAAAGCGCCACGAUAUCACGCGCUCCCAUUCUGAAAGUCCUUCCAGACUGCCCAUCAACCGGGCAGGAACCUGGAAGCGUGAGCACAGCAAACACUCCUCGUCCCUCCCUCGAGUGAGCACUUGGAGAAGAACUGGAAGCUCGUCUUCUAUUCUUUCCGCUUCAUCAGAGUCCAGUGAAAAAGCAAAGAGUGAGGAUGAAAAGCAUGUGAACUCCGUGCCGGGACCCAGACAAACGAAAGAAAACCAGGUGCCCACAAAGGGCACGUGGAGGAAGAUCAAAGAAAGUGAAAUUUCUCCCACAAACGCGGUUUCUCAGACAACGUCCUCGGGUGCUGUCCAUGGUGCUGAAUCAAAGACUCUGAUUUAUCAGAUGGCACCUGCUGUUUCUAAAACAGAGGAUGUUUGGGUGAGAAUUGAGGACUGUCCCAUUAACAACCCUCGGUCUGGAAGGUCUCCCACAGGUAACACCCCUCCAGUGAUUGACAGUGUUUCAGAAAAGGGAAAUCCAAGCAUUAAAGACGCAAAAGACAGCCAGGGAAAGCAGAGUGUGGGCAGCGGCAGUCCUGUGCACACGGCGGGCCUGGAGAACCGCCUGAACUCCUUUAUUCAGGUGGACGCCCCAGAGCAGAAAGGAACGGAGGCGAAGCCAGCACAGAGUGGCUCUGUGCCUGCAGCAGAGCCUAGUGAGGCCUGUGUAGUCGAGCGCACCCCUUUCAGUUCAAGCAGUUCCAGCAAACACAGCUCACCUAGUGGGACUGUUGCUGCCCGAGUGUCGCCUUUUAAUUACAACCCGAGCCCUCGGAAAAGCAGUGCGGACAGCACGUCAGCCCGGCCCUCGCAGAUCCCAACACCGGUGAGUAACAACACCAAGAAGCGGGAUUCAAAGACUGACAGCACGGAAUCCAGUGGAGCCCAAAGUCCUAAGCGCCAUUCUGGGUCUUACCUCGUGACAUCUGUUUAAAAGAGCUGGAAGAACAAACCUAGGAAAAGCUGGUCUCAUCCCAACUGCUGUAUAGAGACUUGUUUCAAAGAAAACUUUAAAGGUUGAAAAUUUUUGUAAAUAGGUUUGAUUCUUGUUAGAGGGGUUUUGUUCUGGAAACCAUAUUUGAUAGUCCACUUGGUCCUCACUGGUCAUUUUGGAAGGCACUCUUGUUAGGUAGGAAAAAAAUGGUAAAGCCAAGUAUAUUUGUACAGAAUGUUUUACAUGUAUUUAAGCAGCAUCCAUCCCAUCAUCCUUUAAUUAUCGCUUAUCUUAAGAUAACACUACAGAUAGACGCUAUAUGAUAUAUUGCUGUUAUCAAUCAUUUCUAGAUUAUAAAAUAAACUUACAUCAGGGAGAAAUUGGUAUUUAUGCAAAAAAAUAGUCCUCGUGAAUCCAUCUAAUGUCAUAAUUAAUCAUGUGGCUGUGAAAUUCACAGUAAUAUGGUUCCCAAUGAAUAUGUUUACCCAGCCUGCUUUGCUUUACUGCAUGAAUGAAACUGAUGGUUCAAUUUCAGAAGUAAUGAUUAAUGGUUCUGUGAUCACAUGUGUGCUUAGGAUAGCUACAGUGUAACAAUUUACACUAUUUUGUGCUCAGAUCUGUGUAACUGUAAAACAUUGAAUGGAACUAUUUUACCUGAACUAGAUUUUAUCGAAAGUAGGUAGAAUUUUUGCUAUGCUGUAACUGUUGUAUAUUCUGGUAUUUGAGGUGAGAUGGCUGCUCUUUUAUUAAUGAGACAUGAGUUGUGUCUCAAACUAAAUGAACAUUUCAGAAUAAAUUAUUGCUGUAUGUAAACUAUUACUGAAAUUGGUAUUUGUUUGAAGGGUCUUAUUUCACGUUUGUAUUAAUAAUUGUCAAAAGGGCCUCUUUUAAAAGCUAAAUGUAAAUUUUUUCUUGAGAUUCUAUGCAUUAAGAGUAAAAUUCCCUCUUACUGUAAUAAAGACAAUGAAGAAGAUUGUUGACACUUACCCAUUCCUAAAAUUUAUUUUUAUGUACUUAGCACCUCUCAGUGCUUGCUGUCCCCACUUCUUCUCUUACUACUCUGGAGUCUGAUUAAAGCAAAUGCUUGGAAUAGCACAAGACGAGGACAGAUUGGCCCACAUAGAAUAAUAGCUCCUUUUCCCUAAUAGGAUUCAUACUUGAAACAUUGGUUUUUGACAGGUAUCACUUGUGUCUUUCAGGCUUUACAGUGCAACUGUCUUACCCCGUCAUCUCCUCCAUGUUGAUACUGGGUCUGAAAUUAAUGCCUGUCACCAUCCUAUAUGUUAAAGUAGAUUGUUUGUGACCAGGUAUAAUCAGUAUUUUCUCAUGCUCAAAAAAUACAAGUCAGCGAAAUGUCAGAGAUAAAUUUAAUGCUGUUACAAUAAUUUUUAAAGAAAGAUAAAGGUGAUUGCCAUCAAGCCUGAAAACCCACAUGGUAAAAGAACAGAACCAACUCCCUAAAGCUGCCCUCUGACCUCCACACCUGCCAUGGCACAUCUGCGAGUGCACACACAAAGCUCAUACAUUUCCAAAGGACGGCCUAGGGCCAACAAGGUGGCUCAGCAGGUGACAUGGAAGCUGCCCUCUAACUUCCACACAUGCACCAUAAUUAAUAAGUCAAAAGGUUUCUUUAGUUCCUGCCUGUUCCAUUGUUCUUAAUGGGUAUAGUGGUAAGGUGUUUAGUGCCCACUUCCCAUAUGGCAGAGAAACUCUGUCAUGAGGGAGAAUACACUGAUACACGUAAUUAGCCAAGAGUUUCAGUUUUGUCAGACUUUAUGUGAAGUGUGUCUUUAACAAUAUCCCAUCAUGUCCCCUGGGCUGCCAUAAGCACCGGGGAUGGGAACGUAGUCAUAACUGUCUUGCACUCCUAACUUUCGUUAGAAUUACUGCACGCCAGUUUUUAUAAGCCACUUCAAGUAUUUCUGUGGAAAGAGAUGAGGUAUUAGUUAGAAUUAAUUGUUUUUUAGUACAUGUCUUUAAAAAUCAAUGUUCGAACUAAAAGAAGAGUUCAUUCCACCUGUUGGAGACUAAAAUCCCCAUGGGCAGCCCUACUGGGAAGGGUCUGUCUGUGUUGUCCCUUGUAGUUGUUGGGUGAAACCCUCUGGCUAGAGGUAAUGACUGUGGAAGUGAAGAGGUUUCCUCCGUUCUGCUUUGGACAGUUCACUGGGUGAUGUCUUAACUGGUAGCAAGCCCAGUGCCCCAGCUCUGCUUUAAUGGCACACUAAGCUCACUGUUGAGGAUUGGCUGCUACUUAUCUAUCUAUUAAAAGGGCAGGAGCCUGUUUAGUUUUGCACUACAGCAAAGAAAACCUAAGGUAGCAGUUUUCAGACAGGUAGGUGUGUUUGGGUCAUCAGAAGUGUUUAUUAAAUCACAGCUGAGCCCCACACCCCCAGUUUGAGAGAGUUGAUGUGGAGAGGGUUGCAAGAACAAGUUCAGGGAUGAUAACGUGGCCUUACGGGGUGGAGACCAUAAAGAAUCACUGUCCUUAGUAGCCACAACACAGCCCUUAACACUUAAACAACUGGAACUUUAAUCUGCUGAGGAAGCUCCUUGGCAUGAAAGACCUGAAUACUGAGUUGUCCAAUUCCAUAGCCUAUGUCAACUCACAGUAGGGAGUAAACUCACCAGACUAACAAACACGCAGUUCUCAACACAUUCACUGCAUCUGAGGAUCAGCUUGUGUUAAAGAGACAGCUCCCGUUAAAGAGCCUUACCAAUAUGUAGUUUGGAUAUGCAGUAUGAGACUAUGAAAAGAGAAAUCGAGAUGGGAGAAAAUUGGUUGCCCAUUUGUUAGUGCACAGUAGCGGUGAUGAGCUUCACAGAUCACCAGGGCACUGACGAGGUAAAUGAUGAAAUAAGAUAGGCCCUGUGGGAACCAACCAGUACUGUACAUGCGGGCAGAAUGUUCUUCAUGUGUAAAAUGUGGAUCAUAUUACCACAAAGUUAAUUAAAAGACGAAUUUGUUGCUGAAAAUGGGAGACAAUUGCCAGGGUUUCUUACAGCUAAGAAAAGAAAAGAAUACCAGAAAUGCAAAAAUUAAACUGCCCAAAGUUAAAGAUGGGUUUGCAUGGUUGAUGAUUAAAAUCUACCAAACAACUUUUCAAGAGUCGAGGAGGCUAACAUGGAGUGUAUCUUCUUUGUCACUUUCUAGUAAGCCUGUUUCCCUCACAUGCUGACCUUAGAAUACUACUUUGUAAUGUGGGAAUCUAUGAACUGUGACUUCUGUAAACCCAGAUCAUUUUCCUCCUGUUCUCUUAACUCUGGUCUAUAAAAAUACGUUCUGCUUUUUGUUAGGCCAUUGAUGCAUCUUUCAAACUGUAUGUUCUAUAUGUGUAAUACUGUUCUUGGUGCUAAAUAUACUUUCCUCUGGUAUUCAGGAUAAUUUUUCUCUAUA